AUGGAGUCCGAAACACAAAGAACUGCACGUCUGCAAGCCAUGCAAAUGGCUGAUUUAGGGACUGCUCGGAGAGAGCAUGUCUCGACAGUGGACAAACACUCGCAUUUCGAGAACGUCAAAUUGUCGGAGCUUGAGGCACACCGACAAUCAAACAUCCCUGGAACGCUUGCAUACAAGCAGGCACAAAAACACAAAGACGGCUUGCAAGACUUGCACAAGACUGUCAGCGAUGAGACUCAGAUAGACACGCAACUCGAUGAUAUGAUGCACGGUCAGAGUCAUCGUGCACAAUUGAAUGAACAGCUUCAUGGAUCUGCGAAGCCUACCGUUCCUAUUUCUUCAAUCAAAAAGAGCCCGCAUCUUCCAAAGCAAGCCUUUGCCGUCAACAGAUCAACCAAUGAGGUGAUAAAGAAUCAUCCAUUGCCACCACGGCAGUCUGGCCGUGGAGGAGGUGUCAUUGGUGGAAGAGGUCGUGGGAACUUCUCCCCCAAAGUAAACACUGGCUCGAGAGUCUCGCUUGGACCAAUUCCCACUGGAAAGGACCCUGCCUUGGACAGAAACAAUGUAUCUCCUCCCGUCCGCGGGCGUGGAAUAUCUAAAAGAGGGGGUUCCUCCUCUCGGGGAUCGUUGAUGCGCGGGAUUACUCGCUCACCCCGAGGAGUGUCGCCUCGCGAUGAUACUCCACUAUGUCAGCAUUUUAACAAGAUAGUCACACCGCAGCAGUUCAUGGCACAAGUUCGAUGGGCGUCGAAUUUUGGAGCCAUCAGCCAGCAGGAAACAGCCUCUCCUCUUCAGGAAAAGGUCGGAAUUUUAGCAAAGCAAGUGGAAGUGGUCCCUAAGAAAGAAGAGCCAUUGACGCCCCUAAAGGCUAUACACGAGAUACCCACAAGCCUGCAAGUUCCGAAAGAAGCAAUCUCUCCCCUCAAAAGAAAGAUCGGCGCAGUGGCAAAGCAGGUUGAGGUGCUUCCCAAAAAGAAAGAGUCACUGGCGUCCGUAAAGGCCAUCCACGAGGAACCUGAAAUCUCCAGCGAUUCGACUGGAUCUGAGGUGCUGUUGGAUAUCGGAGCUGAAAUCAAAUUCGAGCCUUCGCUGGAUCUAUUCUCUAGUCCUAGCUUGGCUGACUUGGAUGGCCUUGAUUUUGGCAAACAGCCAGGAAACCCUGCUUCUCUUGCCAGUGGAAUUAUUGAACCGCCCCAGAAAGAAGAAGAAAUGGAUAAGUUUGCCGAGGUCUUCGCGAGAAUUUUCGAAACUAUGCCUGGAUUGAAGGAAAAAAUCGAUUCGAAAUUGAAACUUAGUCCUACAACUCCUCCGCAGGCGGCCUUCCAAGAGUAUCGGUCGCGCGCAACCACUGCUUCUUCCACUGAUUCUAGUGGAGAGAAACCUUACGAAGUGGAUGUGAGAGCAAGCCCCAAAAACCUUGUUCCCCACGAGGGGAUCAAAGGAUUCGGAGCAUUGCGGUUGACCGAGUCAUCCUCUCAGAAUUCGGAUUCCAAGAAGCCCACCGGGGGCCUCACACAGUCCAUCUACGCAUCGGCCGCCCCGCGGGCUAACUUCCGUGGCCAUAGCCGGGAAAACAGUUCUGUUGUGGCCAGACCGGCUCCAAGGCCCGCCAGAACCAUUGGACCCCAGCCAUACAAUCCAUUGGCUGCCCGAGCGGGCAAUACGCAGAACACUACACCAGAGCUUCAGACAGUGAUUCCCAAGGGGGUGGAAGAGCUCAAACCGCGAAUCAGAACCAUCGGUCCGCCCCCGUGGCAGGGAUCAAAGAAAGCGUGA